UGGCCGUACUUACCGCACGCUUCCCAACUGUUUCUCACCGUCGCUGUCCGACACUGUUGUGUAGAAUCGUAAUAUCGAAAUUCCUAAUAUGGCCAGCGAGAAAAAAUCGACGAAAGCUUCGUCGAAAGAUGCGAAAUCUAACGAACAAAUAUUGUCGGAGUUUCAAACGCUCCGAAAUGAACAGAGGAUGAUGGCGAACAAACUGUCCGAAAUGGAAAUGGAAUUGAACGAGCACAAAAUUGUUAUCGACACGCUAAAGAAUGUAGAUCCCAAGAAGAAAUGUUACAGAAUGAUUGGUGGAGUUCUGUGUGAACGUAUAGUAGAAGAUGUAAUGCCUGCUCUGGUGAUAAAUAAGGAACAGUUGAUGAAAGUGAUAGACACACUGAAUGACCAAUUAACAAAGAAAGGAAUUGAAAUUAAUGAAUACAAAGAAAAGCACAACAUCAGAAUCAGAGGGCAAGAUGAUAUGCAGCGGCAAGAAGAGGACAGCAACAAGGAGGCCAAGAGAAACGCGAUUGUUGUGAAUCCAAUUGAAGUUUAAGUGUAAUAAAUAUUUACUCUUUUUUUUGGUAUUAUAAAUUAAGGCAUUUAUGUGCUACAAGGCCGAUAAUUUA